UCCCUUGAUAUUGCUACUCUAAAGGACGUAUAGUUGGCUACGUUAUUACAACCAGCAGGCAGCCAGGGAAAGGAGAGGAUAAACGUCUCCCGAAGGCAAACGGGGGGAAGCCCACAAGCCCAGCCAGCCAAGCCAAGCGAAAGAAAACACACCAGGUCUUCCUACAAGUCCCAACAACACAGAUCCAUGUUAUUAGAGGAGCAAACCAUAGAGACCUCGAGGACCUUUCGACAGUGCCCAUCUGUUGGCCAGUUUAGCAAGCAACAAGCAACCAUCAAACCACCAGUUGCCUUGGAAAGAAGGCUGGCCACCAACUCCUGGUGGGUACAUUGAGUCUCGCUCGUGAUUGACAAAACCAUGAAGAGCGGAACCUCCAAAUUGAGGCUCCAAUGCGUUGGACGCAGCAACUUGAUAAGGUGCUCCUUAUAAACAUGUACCAGUGGUACAAUGUACCGGUGCAGCCUGGCAUGCAUAAAGGCGAGUGGAAACUGGUACAGCAGAAGCUCCAGUGGAAGCACCGAACAAUCUAGCCAGGAGAGAAGCAGACUUAUACAUGUACCAGUAGCUACUAGGAGGCAUUGUAAACAUGAGCGAGCUGGGUUAGAGAUCGAUCCAUGUAUGGAGAAAAACAGGACCCAACCGAGAACAUGAGGAUCCAUUGCUUGGCCUCUGUUUCAAUAUCCAGAGGUGCGGUGGCUACUGGCUAGUAGAGGAUGUCGUCUCUUGAGUUUGGGCGGGCAUCCAAUGGCGGGCUCGCGGGAAAUCCAAGGACUUUUUUAGGGUGAGGGCUUGCUGGGACUCUUAUAUGUGACAAAAUCUGCGAGUUUCUUAGCCAAGAUUGUCAAAGGGCCAAAUACGUGAGGCUUUCGCCUGUUUUCGUCUCAUUUUUCUGUGCUGCUGGCAUAAGUGUCCACGAUUUUCCGUCGAGCCGAAGGCAGCAUUAUUAUACAGUAGUAGAACGGAAUCUCUUUACACUUACAAAUUGAAGAUAAGAUAAGAUAUAUCAUCAUCAUGGGCAGUGGAGGUCAAUGCGAAGUGGUGAAAGGCCAGGUGGCAGCAGCCGAUGCCGCUACCAAGAAUGCCGUCCUUUCCACCAAACCCACUACUACUACUACUGAUUCAACAAAGACCAACAACAAUAUCGAUGGCGCGUGGGUAUCUCCGUUUACGCCCGACAAGAUCGACCCGACGGUAUCGUCCAUGUCGUUGAAGGAGAUCAACGCUCAAUUUCCGACCAAAUCGGAAUUGCGCGCCGUGAUUCCUCCUCAUUGUUUUGAACGCUCGCUCUUUUGGAGUUUCUACUCGAUUGGACGCGAUCUGUUCAUGUCGGCCAUUGUCGCGUACAUUACGUACCAUACCCUCUCGGUGGAUCCACCGGAAGGGGGUCUUUUGGGUAAUCCCGUGGGCUGGAUCGCAUGGCGAUUGGCGUGGAAUGUUUAUGCCCUCUUCAUGACGGCAGCUUAUGGCGGAUUGUGGGUGAUUGGACACGAGUGCGGUCAUGGCGCCUUUAGUGAUUAUCCCAUUGUCAAUGACAUUGUUGGUUGGAUCCUUCAUUCCUCCAUUCUGGUUCCUUACUUUACAUGGGCAUUCAGUCAUGCCAAACAUCAUCGACGUACCAACGAUUUGAUUGAAGGAGAAACCCAUGUGCCACCGGAUCACAAAGAAAUGGGACUCAUCAAGAAUGAUGAAGGGACUUAUGAACGCUUGCCCAAAGAGGUUAUUGAUUCCAAGCUAUCCGUCUUUGCCGAAGGGGGAUUGACCGAUUUCUUUAGUCAUUUUCAUUAUGGACACGCCCUUUGUCACGAACACAAUGGGGACGAAGCAUUCUCCUGUCUCAUGUUGUGGAGUCGCCUGUUCAUGGGAUUUCAACUAUACGUCUUGGGCAUUGGAUCCAAUGGACAUCUUGGCAGUGAUGGUAAAUGGAUUGAAAAAGGAACCUUCCCGGAUCAUUUCCGUCCCUGGUCUCGUCUCUUUCCCGAAAAAAUGUACUGGAAAGUCGUGGCAUCCGAUAUCGGCUGUCUCAUUACACUCUCCAUCUUGGCAUACUGCUCGUACCUGUUUGGUGUGAGAGCCGUUUGGUUCUGGUACGGGGGUCCCUACUUGUUGAUCAAUGCCACCUUGGUCACAUUCACGUGGUUGCAACACACGGACCCGACCGUGCCACACUUUGAUGCCGACAAUUGGAACUGGAUCAAGGGUGCCUUGGCAGGAACCAUUGAUCGUCCUUUGCAUCCACCCAUGGGGGUCUCGUUGAGUCACCAUAUCGUGACCACUCAUGUCUGUCAUCAUUUGUUCCAUGAAAUUCCGCACUAUCACGCCGUUGAAGCCACCGCACAUAUUCGAGCCUACUUGGAACCAAAGGGAUUGUACAAUUAUGAUCCGACACCCAUGGCAUCGGCCUUGUGGAAGGUCGCUUCCACUUGUCAUUUCGUCGAUAGCUUGACCGAUGGAGUGCAAUACUAUCGCAAUUUCAGGGAGGUCCCAUUGACGACCGAAGCAACACAAAACAACAAAUCUAAAAAGACACAGUAAAUAAAGAGCGUUUGGAUUGCUUGGCGGCUUCAGAUACAGUGAUAUGCCUGCCUGGAGCUGUUGGAACCGAUGGAAGCUCAUACCCUGGCUCAGAUUGGCUGCUAAUGUGAGACCAAGGGCACGAGUUUGUGAACAGUGAACGAACGAACGAACGAACGAUGCACACUUGAAUGUUGACAAUAUGUAACACUACAGUAAAACGGAAUUUAACUAAAGAAUACUCUGAAUACGAAGUAACUUUAACGAGCCAUUAUCAGGAGGAAGGGCU